AUCUACCAGUCCCUCUCCAGCGACCCCUUUGUCAACCUCUCCCUCGAGAACUUCCUCUACGAACACUCCCCGCCGGACUCCAAGAUCCUCUUCCUGUACAUAAACAGGCCCUGUGUCGUGAUCGGGCGGAACCAGAACCCGUGGCUCGAGACAAACCUGCGCCUGCUGAGGAGCAGCACCGGCCUUGAAAACAACGGAGAAGGCGGUAAUACCGUCAAUGAUGGGAGUGCCCUAUUCGUUCGACGACGGUCUGGUGGUGGCUCGGUCUUCCAUGAUGAAGGGAACCUGAAUUUCUGCGUGAUCUGUCCCAAGCCGAUAUUCCAUCGAGAUAAACACGCCGAGCUCGUGGUCAGGGCAUUGAAGAACGUUGGGGCUUUAAGAACAAGAGUCAACGAGCGUCAUGAUAUCGUUCUUGGUCAGGAUGCACAGGAAGAGCCGUCUCCUCUGGUAGUCAAGGCAGGGCCUUCAGACCAAGAUGCCGAAAGCCCACCGCUAGAGAAACCCGUUCGGGCCGUCAAGAUCUCGGGUUCGGCAUACAAACUGUCAAGAUUCCGUGCUUUGCAUCACGGCACCUGUCUGAUCGAUUCGCCAAACCUCGGGCAGAUAGGACUCUUUCUGAGGUCUCCUGCUCGUCCAUAUAUCAAAGCAAGGGGUGUUGAGAGCGUCAGGUCCCCCGUUGGAAACAUAUCCUCCGCCUUGGACGAAUCAGUCCGGCCAUUCCUCAUGCAGCAGAUAAUCGGGGAAAUCAUGGAAGAAUUUGCUCUGCUAUACAAUCUCGACCGCAAUGCGUUGCGGAAAGCUCAAAGAGCCCACGCCAACGAUCCGGAGCUGUCUUCGGGGGACGACUGGGUUACCGGCAUCUUGACGGAUGAAGACGCAAGAAAUGAGCCCGAGGUGUGCAAAGGCAUACAAGAACUGCACUCUCUUGAAUGGAAAUACAAACAGUGUCCCCAGUUUACAUUCUCCACGCAUCCAACAGAGGAGGAUCCCCGGCCUAGGCCAGAGAUAUCACCUGCCCUCUCCCCUUCGACCAAGGCGUUCUUCCGAGUUAAAUCUGGUCUCAUCAUUGAAAGUCACAUUUCUACAUCACCAGACCCAGAUACUGCACAGUAUGAAGCAAACUGUGUUCAUAAAAUCCUGCAUAACAGGCCAUUGCAUGAAAUAUGGGACUGGGCAUCAGUGCUCAGCUCUGCUUCUGCACUUGCCAGCCAAGAGAGUGCACACCCUGGUGCCUUUGCGUCGAAGGCUCCAGAUAACGAGCUCUCGAGCCUUGCCAAGUGGCUCGAGAGUCAGCUUGGACACUGA